AGAGAGAGAGAGAGAAGUCUCGCUCUCGCAUAGUACCCCCUUCGAAAACCAAAGCUGAGAGAGAAAAAAGCACACGAACGCACAAAAAAAACCAGAGCGAUAUACAAAAUUCCCAAAAAUUUAAAAAGAGAAAGGACUUUUUGGAGAGAACACUCAGAGGAUUACAGAGAAUCUAUUUCACGUCCUCAUGGUUGACAUUAGCACCCAAGCCUUUAUUUCCAGGGCUAAUUCCCCUCGUUUAGAUUGAGCUAUUGGUCCACUACUCCAAAACCCUAGGAGAGAGAAAGUGUUGCAACUGAGGGACGCUUCUUAAUUGUCUCUCUGCUGUGCCCUAGCUUCCCAAUUCUGUAAUUCAGUUUGUUAUUGCUCCAAUUUUUUGGUUUGUUUCCUUCUUCUAUGGAAACCCUAGAACUGGUGUGCAAUGUUGAAUUUGUGUAAAUUCUACGUUGAUUCAAUGAAAUUGGGGCUUCUUCAUUUGGGGCAAGGGAUUUUAAUUCGUUUCUAUUGUGGUUUUGUUGCGCAUUUUGAUUCAAUGCUGGGGGAUUUGUGCUUUUAAGUCGUAUUAUUCACGUUAAUAGGGGAAUUAAAUACUGUAACUUGGUCUGUAGCUGGUUUUGAGUUUCUAAACGGGUGACUAUGUCUGAAUUUGAAGGGACCACUUGGCGCUAAACAUAUUCUGUGCUCUUAUUGCUUGUGAGCUGCACAUGUUCAUCAUGCGUAGUACCUUUGCUGGUGUCUGAAUUGAUGGGAGGGGAAAGCUUGUAAAUGCUGAAGUAGGAAUGCAUGGAUGCGGUUCAGGAUCGGCUCUCCUAGUAAAUGCUGAGGUUGAUUCCAUGGGAGGGGUUGUUGACGGCGGAGUUGGAAUUGGCAUCAAAACCUCUCCGCGCCGAGCAGCAGUUGAGAGAGCUCAGGCAGAGCUCAGACAGGAGUAUGAUGUUCGUGAGGAAAGGAGAAGAGAGCUAGAUUUUCUUCAGAAAGGUGGCAAUCCAUUAGACUUUAAGUUUGGGAGUGCAGCUUCAGUUAGUGUCCAGUCUACUUCUCUUACUGAUCAUCACACAGAACAUUUUUUGACUAGUGAAGCAAAAGGUAGUUUUGCACUGACUGCAUCACCUCAUGGGGACUCUGUAGAAAGUAGUGGCAGACCAGGGGCUCUCACAGUUUGUGAACCCAAUAGUGCUGAUAAUUUUGAUGGUGAAAAUGAGAUUCUCAAAGGCGAAAGGAAACCUAAACAUUCCAGUAGGAGGAAUAAUAUUGCUCCAUCAGAACAGUCUUCCCAGAUGGAUGGGACUCAAAAUGCCAAGGAAUCAGAAGAUUCUGCUAUUGUUCGCCCAUAUGCUAGAAGGAACAGGUCCAGACCAAAUCGUGAUGGUGCUCGAUCAAGCUCAACUGACGUAGUUCAGAGUUCUGGUGGUCAUGGAUCUUUCUUCAAGGUUCAUGGCGGCUUGAGGGAUGUAAAGGGGUCUAUGUCUGAAACGAACGAUCAGAAGGACCAGAUUAUUCCUUCUGUUUCUUACGCCAAAUCCACCACUUCAAAUGGUGAUAUGGUUUCUCAGAUAGAGAUUACAACUACCCAGUCAAACAUGGAGCUGGAUGGUGCUGUAGCUCUGGAAGCAACAGCCUGCCUGGCUAAAGGUAGUCUCCCUGGCGAUAGGUUGGAUAUCUCGGAGACGAAAAUCUCAAAGCAUAACCAAAGUGAUCAAUUGUCAGAAGUUGAUGCUCAGAAAAUACCCAUUCACAUGGCUUCUGGAGAGUGUGACAAUGUUGGAGGGAAAGAAAAGGCAAUUUCAGCUACACCUGAAUAUCAACCUGGUGCAGCUGCAGGAAAAACUGAGUAUGAAAAUGGUUCCUCUGAGUUAAAUGGCUUUGGUGACUUGAAAAGAAAUGGAAAUGAAGGUCAAAAUGGCAAUGUUGCAAUAGGAACUAAGGGAUUAGAUUCAGAAUCCUCCUGCACUCAAAAUAGCCUAUACUUGGAUGUGAAUAAUGAAAGUGGUUUGUGUGCUAAAGGUAGAAAUGAUGAUAUUAACGGAAUUCAUUUGAAACAAACAUCAAAGUCUGAAGGAAUGCAAAAUUCAGGGGCUGGUGAAAUGGGAGAUGGAAAGAAUGAAACCAAGGCUACAGACUGCAGUGCUGUUGUCAAGGAAGAUAAUAAUUUUGUACAUCAAAAUAACUCUGGUAAUGAUUGUGUCAUUGAAAUGGAGCAAGAAAUACAGAGAAGUUCUGACUUGCAAAAAGAGUUGAAAUGUCCUUCUAACUUUGAAGGAGUGGAGCAGAAUGACCUUCCUGCAUCUGAAGCUGAUAAAAAAUUAUCUAAUGUGUUGGGUGAUGGUUCCAAUCUCAACAGAGAAAUCAUCUGUCCUGGUGGGCCUCAGGGUUCUGUGGAUAUAUAUAUUCAGGAGUUACCUGUAUCUACUUUGUCAGAGAAAAAUUCUUCUGCCGCUCCUGACCCUCGAUCUUGUUCUGGUAGUGAUUUGAUAGUUGCAGACAAGGCUCAUGAGGAUUCUUUCUUGGAAGAGGCACGAAUUAUAGAGGCUAAACGUAAGAGGAUUGCCGAGUUAUCUAUUGGGAUGGUACCUUUGGAGAGCCGCAGAAAAUCGCACUGGGAUUUUGUACUUGAAGAAAUGAUGUGGUUGGCAAAUGAUUUUGUGCAGGAGCGUCUAUGGAAAAUGACUGCUGCUGCUCAAAUAUGUCACCGGGUUGCUUUCACCUCUCGGCUGAGAGUUGAAGAGCAGAAUCAACAUUUGAAGCUGAAAAAAAUUGCUUAUACUCUGGCAAAGGCUGUCAUGCAGUUCUGGAGUUCAGCAGAGAUGCGUCUAAAUAAGGAUGACCAAAGUGUUAGUUUGACAAAUUUCAAGCAGGAUUCAAGGAGGUUUAAUGGGAAUGAAUUUUCCAAGGACAAGUUCACAGAAUUAGAUAAGGGGACAUGCAAACACUUAGAGGUACAAAAUGCUGGAAAGAAUUUUGCAUGUCCAAUUCAGGGAUAUGCUGUAAGAUUUUUGAAAUGUAACAGCUCUGCGGUUCCUUCCCUUCAAGCUGAAGCACCAGCAACACCUGAUAGAGUGGAUGAUUCAGGCAUUAUUGGAACUUCAUGGGAACAUCAAUUGACAGAAUGCAAUGAACUUUUUAUUUGGCAGGAAAGCCUAUUUUAUGCUGUUCCCUCAGGUGCAAUGGAAAUCUACAGAAACUCGAUUGAAUCUCAUUUGGCACAGUGUGAGAAGACUGGCAGCAGCAUGCAAGAGGAAGUUGAGACAUCUAUGUAUGAUGCUGCUACAGAGUUUGGAUAUCGUGAGAAUGCAUAUGAUGAGGAGGAAGGAGAAACAAGCACAUAUUAUUUGCAAGGAGUCUUUGAAGGUAGCAAGUCAACAAAACAUGACCAGAAGAACAGGAAAAGUUUUAUGAAAUAUUCUGGAAGAUCAUAUGAAGUGGGACCUGAUUUGUCUUAUGGAUACUGCACAACUGUCUCUCAACAGAAUUCACUGAUGGGAAAAAGGCCUGUCAGUAAUCUUCAUGUUGGUCCAAUUCCAACAAAGCGUGUUCGCUCUGUUGCAUCUAGGCAUAGGUUUACAAGUCCUUUUAAUGCUGGAGUGCAGACUCCAGUGAAGACAGAUGCUUCAAGUGGAGAUACUAGUUCUUUUCAGGAUGACCAGAGUACCUUGAAUGGAUCCCAAAUCCAGAAGAGUGUGGAGGUUGAGUCAGUUGGGGACUUCGAAAAGCAGUUACCGUAUGACUGUGCAGAGACAUCAACAAAACCAAAAAAGAAGAAGAAGAAGAUUAAGCAUCAUGUGGGUCCUGCUUAUGAGCAGGUUUGGCAGCUGGAUUCCACUGUUCAUAAUGAACAGAGGGAUAAUUCCAAAAGGAGACUGGAUACUCAUCAUUUUGACUCUAAUGGUGCUAGUGGUUUAAUGUAUGGGCAACAUACUGCAAAGAAGCCAAAGAUACUUAAACAGCCACUAGAUGGUGCUUUUGAUAAUAUGACUCCAAUGAGUGGUUCAAUUCCUUCUCCCGCAGCUUCCCAAAUGAGUAAUAUGCCAAGUAAAAUAAUGAAAUUUAUUGUUGGCCGGGACAGGGGCAGAAAGCCUAAAUCACUGAAGGCGCCUGCUGGGCAGCCAGGUUCUGGAAGUCCAUGGUCACUUUUUGAAGACCAGGCACUUGUUGUCCUUGUACAUGAUAUGGGUCCUAAUUGGGAGCUUGUAAGUGAUGCCAUCAACAGCACCCUUCAAUUUAAGUGUAUAUUCCGCAAGCCAAAAGAGUGCAAAGAACGUCACAAAAUCUUAAUGGAUAAGGGUGCUGGUGAUGGGGCUGAUAGUGCAGAUGAUUCAGGGUCUUCUCAAUCUUAUCCUUCAACUUUGCCUGGCAUCCCGAAGGGCAGUGCCAGACAGUUAUUUCAACGUUUGCAAGGGCCAAUGGAAGAGGAUACCCUCAAGUCUCAUUUUGAAAGGAUUAUUAUGAUUGGGAAGAAGUACCUUUACAGGAGGAGUCAGAACGAUAACCAGGAUCCUAAACAAAUAGUAGCAAUUCACAUUUCUCAUGUUAAUGCCAUCGACCGAGUACCCACAAACCAAAAUGGAGGCAUUUUGACGCCCCUUGAUCUCUGUGAUGCAACUGCAUCAAGCCAAGAUGCUCUUCCCGUUGGGUAUCAAAGUUCUCAUGCUAGCAGUUUACCCAUGCCAAAUCCAGGUGCUGUAGGAUCAAUGCUUCCUACUUCUGGGCCAAACUCCUCUGUGCAAGUAUCUUCUGGUGUUGUUCUUGGCAGUAACUCAUCACCUUCUGGUCCACUCAAUGCUCCUAUCAGGGAUGGUAGAUACAGUGUUCAAAGAACAUCUUUACCGGUUGAUGAGCAGCAGAGAUUGCAACAUUAUAAUCAAAUGCUGUCCAACAGAAGUUUGCAGCAGUCUAACUUGCCCGUCUCUGGAGCUCUUUCUGGAGCUGAUCGUGUUCGCAUGCUUCCGGGUGGAAAUCCUGUAGGCAUGAUGUCUGGGAUGAACAGAAACAUGCCAUUGCCGAGGCCAGGCUUCCAGGGAAUGGCCUCGUCAUCAAUGAUGAAUUCCAGUAGUAUGCUUUCCUCUGGUAUGGUUGGGAUGCCAAGCACUGGAAGUAUGCAAUCUGGAAGUACUUCUGGUCAAGGGAAUUCGAUGAUGAGAUCUCGUGAGGCUUUGCAUAUGAUGCGGACUGGUCAUAACUCAGAGCAUCAAAGACAAAUGAUGGUACCAGAACUUCAGAUGCAGGUCACACAAGGAAAUAGCCAAGGAAUUCCUGCUUUUAGUGGUUUGAGCUCUGCUUUUGCUAAUCAGACGACCCCACCAGCUGUUCAGGCAUAUCCUGGCCAGCAUCCAAUGCCUCCACAACAAUCCCAUGUAAUGGGCAAUCCUCAUCAUCCUCAUCUUCAGGGUGCCAAUAACACUACAGGUCCACAGCAGCAAGCAUAUGCAAUCCGUUUGGCUAAAGAAAGGCAAAUGCAGCAGCGGCUUCUGCAGCAGCAGCAGCAACAACAACAGCAGUUUGCUUCAUCUGGCACUUUGAUGCCACAUGUCCAAUCUCAACCCCAGCUCCCUAUAUCUUCAUCUAUGCAGAAUAGCUCCCAGAAUCAACCACAAACUUCAUCACAGCCAGUAUCACUUCCCCCGUUAACAUCAUCUUCCCCAAUGACUUCCAUAUCAGUACAGCAGCAGCAGAAACAUGCUUUGCCACAUAAUGGGAUCAGCCGGAACUCUCAAACUGUUGCCACUGGGUUGAACAAUCAGAUGGGAAAACAAAGACCGCGGCAGCCACAGCAGCAACAGCAGUUUCAACAGUCUGGCCGGAUCCAUCCUCAGCAGCGACAGCACUCGCAAUCUCCCCAACAAGCUAAACUUUUGAAGGGAAUGGGUAGAGGGAAUAUGGUUGUGCAUCAGAACCUUCCCAUUGAUCAUUCUCAUUUGAAUGGCCUUGCUGUGCCUCCAGGAAAUCAAAGUACGGAGAAAGGAGAACACAUCAUGCACUUGAUGCAAGGUCAAGGCUUAUAUUCAGGUACUGGCUUGAGUUCAAUGCAAGCAGCUAAACCAUUGGUUGCUCCUCAAUCCUCAAACCAGUCUCAGCCACAGCAAAAGCUAUUUUCUGCCACAGCAUCACCUUCUUCAAAUCAAAUGCAGCAGAUGCCUUCCCAUUCUGAUAAUAAUACCCAAGGUCAGGUUUCGUCACUGCCAUCUGGUCAUGCUCUAUCUGCUGCUCAUCAAGUUCUUCCAGCAGCCAUUAUGGCUUCCAACCAUCAGCAUAUGCAGUCACAGCCACAGCCACAAACGCACCAGAAGCAGACUGGUCAAGCUCAACCAACUGUUCAGAGAAUUCUUCAACAGAACCGUCUGUUGAAUUCUAAUCUGCCAGCCAAGUCUCAAACUGAUCAGAGUCAUACAGAACAGCAGCCAAUAAGCAAUGUUUCGCAGCUAGGCACAAGUACAACCACAUCAAUUUCUCAGGCCUGUAAUGAUUCAGCUAAUGUGGUUGCUUCAUAUUCUGUUGCUUCUCAGUGGAAACCAUCUGAGCCUUCUUGUGAUUCUGCAAUGAAAAAUCCUCCAGCCUCUCAAGUGGGUUCUAUUGGGAGCCCAGCUCUUACAAAUUCAUCUGGAAGUGAGGCAGUGGCAUCUGUCAACCAAGGUUUAGGCCAGAGGCAGUUAUCAGGAGGCUUGCCCCAACAUGGGAAUGCUGGAGCACAGUGGCAGCAGCAGCUACAAUUAUCACAAUCAACGCAGCUGCCGCCACCACCACAACCACCUUGUUCUCAACAACUUUUUCAGCCACAAGAGCAGCAGCCACAACAGGAACAGCAGCUGCCACGGCAACAGCUGCCACUGCAACAGCACUCUCAGCAGCAAACGCAGCAUCUUCAAUCAGCACAAGGAAGUAUGUAUAUCAGGUCCACCAAUUCUCAGCUGGAAUAAAGCAAUCUAACAGAUUGAGCAGUUCCAGAAGCAGUCGGUGCUGCUAAGACUUUGGUUUGCAUGCCCUUAUAGCAGCGAUGUACAGAUGAGGCUGACUACUCCACAAGGGCAUUGCAAAAGCCAAAAGGGAAAGAGGCGGUGAUUGUUAUAUGCAGAUUUUGUUAAAAUUUAUUAGAGAGAUGUCUACUGGCCAUUUUUUUUCCCUUUUUAAUUUUUUUUUUAUCAAAAUUUGGGGAAAUCAUGUAAAUUACCACUUGUCUAGGGCUUUUGGAAGAUGGAGACAGAAUAUAGGUAUGUGUACAGGGUCUCAUCUCUCCAGUGAUUUUUACUUGUGGCCUGGUUUCCCUGCACAUGUGCAGAGGGGCCUGUUUCUUUUUGGUGCCCCACUAGGUUAGUGCAUGUAUUUGUCACACUUGCAGCAGAUGUUGGUAGUGAUCAUUGUUAUGGGCAAAAGCCUUCGGAAAUUUUGUGAAUACAAGCGCAUUAGAUUUGUAAUA